AUGGCCCGGAGCCACCUGGCUCCAUUGCUGACUCCUCUAGUGCUCCUAGGUCUGGUGUCCCCUACUCAGAUAAACCCAGACUACCAGUACUUUGGCCAGCAUGGUGAAGGUGAUACCUGGGAGCUGCUGAGGCUGCAGCAACAAAAGGUACUGGAAGACUCGGUCCUAGGCCCGUGGGGAAAGUGGCAUUGUUUCUGCAAUCUGGGGAAACAGGAACGCAGCCGUCAGGUGUUGGGCCCAGCACCGGUCCCUGUGUUCAUGGACCGAGAGAACCUGGUCCAGUUGAGACCGUGCCGGCAACAGGAUUGCUCAUCUUGCAACCCGAUGGACUGCAACUAG